AUGCCUUGGGCCGACAGCAGAAGAGUUCAUCCGGGGCCCUAUUACACGGUCAAGAUCAGCCAUAAGGGUGCCAAUACUUUUACUGAGCUGAAGGAGGCCCAAAAUGCGGUUUCUAACUACCCCGACUCACACCCAGAAGUGCACACGACCUGGGACGAAGCAGACGAGUACAGAGAAUCUCGCCCGACGUGGAACGGUUUGUACACCGUAGACGAAGAUGGGCAUCAUCGUUACGUGGUUUACGUGUGUGCUUACCGAGAUGAGGAGGACAUGUGUGGAAUGGGCAUUUGGUUUGGAGAAAACAACCCCUGCAACUAUACGGGCCCCAUGGAGGAGAUUGGCAUCAGUCAGAAACGUGCAGAGCUUGUGGCUAUUUACCAGGCGUUGCAGAUCAUCUACCAGCGAAGUGACCUGGAGAAGUGGCAGAUUCGAAUCCACAGCAUUGAAGCCUUCAAGAGCGUGACGACAGAGAUGGAGGCCAUUCGAAACAAGCAUUGGAAGGGCAGCAAUGGACGGCUGGUUGCUAAUGCAGAUAUCUAUUACUCUAUCAAUCGAUGGAUCUUUAUGAAGACCUUUUAUGGCGAUAUCUUCUCAUUCAAGCAUGUCUGCAACACCAAUGAGAAGGGCUACAACAAGGCCAUGAAGUUGGCCAAGCGGGGUGUUCUGGAACCCACCUACAAGUACUAG